AUGGCCGACGCCACCGACAAGAUCUCUAUCACCAUCUGCGGCGAUGGUGGAUGCGAGGAUUCAUAUUCGGUUACACGCGUGGUUGAUGGCGUGCCAUACUUCCUAUCCAUCACCGACACGGCCGGCCAGGAGGAGUAUCGCGGCUUAUGGGCCGCUUCCAAUCUGAGAUCCGACGCGUUUCUUCUCGUGUACGACAUCACCAACAAGUCGAGCUUAGGCGCCUUGGACUACUUCAUGGACAUGAUCGAGAUCGAGACCGAACAACGCGCCGAGGACAAUGAUCGCUUGCGCAAGGAAUUGGGAGCGAGCGCAGAGGGCCUCGACGUGGGCAUGCCACCUCCGGUCAAGAUCAUCGCAGGGAACAAGUGCGAUCUGAAAGACAGCAGAGUCAUUAGUUCCCGCGAAGGCCUGGAGUAUGCCCGAAAACACGGUUGCGGCUUCAUGGAGACCAGCGCUAGGGAGAUGGUCAACAUUGAGGAGACCUUUGCUCUCCUAGUCCGUCGGGUCGUCGAGGCCCGCCGACUACACUACCAGAAGGGUCCUGAGGCCACCCAAGCGGCUCAUAUUGGCGAGUCUUCGACAGCUGCCAAAACCCCUGCCGACACGGUUGUUAGCAAGGAAGGCAAGGGAGAAUCGCAGAAGCGCACGCAGAAACGACAGAGUGGUCUUCGUGGAUUCUUUGGGAAAGACAAACGUGCACGUCAGGAUUCGGGCGAGAAGGGCCAUCUCCGAUCAGAGGCACCUGGGUCGGGGCAGAACAAGCCAUCCAAGCCUGCAAAGGCAAGCAUAUGGAAGCGCAUGAGUUGUUGUUAG